AUUUGAAUUUAUCCAUUGCCUAUUUAACGCUCGCAUUUCGCUUUCGCAAGACAUCUCUUGUGAGCUUCACUUGCUGCGCUGCUGCUCUCACUCUCAGAGUCUCUCUCUCUCUGCUUUGGCUUCCGCUCUCCAGAUCUGAUACUCAAAAUCGCUAAGGUUUUAGAUUUUCUUUUCUAGCAAGUCCAGAGCAUGGGUCGUGGAGUUAGCAGUGGUGGGGGCCAAAGUUCAUUGGGUUAUCUGUUUGGGAGUGGAGAAGCUCCAAAGCCUUCCACAAAUGGUGCUCAACCUGCUCCAGAUGAUGUCCAGGCAGUGAAUAAUGUGCCUCCCUCCAAACCUGCUGUUGCUCCUCAGCCAGUAGAUGCCAGCAAGCAGAUUCCUGCUGGUAUUAAUAGUUCUUCUGCAAACAACUAUAUGCGGGCAGAUGGCCAAAAUGCUGGAAACUUCAUCACGGAUCGACCUUCAACCAAAGUCCAUGCUGCCCCUGGUGGUGGAUCUUCUCUGGGAUACCUCUUUGGUGAUGGUAGUAAGUGAGAUGUACCUUAAUCCCAUUCCAAUGGAAGUCUGUUUGUCAUUUCUUAUGGAAACCUGUAAUUUGGAUGAAGCAACGAUUUUCCUCUUAUAAUAUAAUUACUGGAAACUUGCUGGAUCAUGUGAUGUAAUAUAUAGGUGGUGGUGGUGUUGGUGUUUGUUUUAUUCAAUCAAAGAGCAUUUUUUAUGCAUGAACAUCAUUACAAAAGUUCAGUUGAUGUAUCUUAUCUGAUUUAAAUUGUGUUCUUAGCAA